AUGGGGAAAAUAACACGCUCAAAAUCUUACAAUGACCAAAGACACCAAGAUCUUAAUGGUGUUGCCCCGCGAGGGAAAACGCGGUCCCGAAAAAUAGACUUAAAUGCAACGACGGUGACAAACGAAACCGAUUCGACAGGGAGUACACCUGACAAUACCUCACCUGGCAUUAUUGUUCCGAUCCCAAAACGAUUUGUGCCGCAAGACCUCACGGAACGCGAGGUCAUCUACGACAGCAACAAAAUACAGCAGAACGCGCGAGAGUUUCGCGAGAUAAUUCCGAGCAGGGAGGAAUCCCUCCACCUCGAACAAUCUGCUAUGGGAGGAUUACCGCCAAAUCAACGAGUAGAAACAUCACACAUUACCCCGGAUGGAAAUAUCACAACUACGACAACGGUUACAAUUAAAUUGACUACCGUCACUACUACUAAUCCUGCGAAUGGAGCAACAACUACAUCAGUCUUUACGGAGAUUGUUCCAGUAACAACCGCCGCCAAUAAUUCUAAUGAUGAUGCGACAGUUACUUUUCAACAGAUGGAACCGAGUUUCACUCCAAUGUCGCCGAAAAUAUCAUCAAUUCCCAAUUAUCAUCCACCUUCAAACAACAUUAACAGCAACAGCAUGAUGACUAAUGGAAUUAAUACAAACAUGCAUUCUUCGGGAAGUAAUAAUACCACGAGUUAUAAUUCACCGGAUGUGAGUAGAAGAAAUAGUCUGGCGCCAUCUUCUUCAUCCGCUUUCAAUCAUCAUUCAGCAAUGGGUAAUUCGAUAAACAGUCCACGAGACAGGCGUUCACCCAAUAGUGCAUCAUCCAGUCGUAGAAGUACGAGAAGUGGGACUCCUUCGAGAAGAAGUCCAGGAAAUAUUAACCAUAUUUUAGCAGACCAAUCAACGGAAAUUGGAGGAGGAAUAGCAGAAAGAGAUCCAAUGUCGAUAUCAACAACCAAUUUACACUUGGAUGAUUCGUUGCCAAUUAAUAUUAACGAUAAUAGCAAUUCGCCAUCACUUGAAGACCCUUUACUUAUUAACAGCGAGGACUCGAUUCCCUCGUUUAUUGACGCGUCAAAUCUUGCCGAAGAAUCUCCUCCUUACCUUAACGCGUCUAGCCCAACUGGCGACGCUGCUUCUUUUAUGGAUAUUUCAAAAUUGACGGAAACUCCGUUAUCCCCUUUUAUGAAAUCGGCAAAUUCGUCGGAAAAUUCUAAUUCUACGUCUUUCAUCAGUCCACCUACCAAUGAAACUCCCUUUUUACGACAACCUUUUACUAAUCCAUCUAUUCUGAUAAAAGAAAGUUCCCCAUCAUUUAACAACAAUACCUCGAAUAAAAUGGAUGAUCAUCGUUCUUAUAUUAGUGCAUCAAGUUCAUCCGAGAGCACUCGAAAAUCUUUUAUGAAUACGUCACAUCAACUAUCAAACAUAUCGGAGACUUCCGAUAAUACAACUUAUGCCAGCUACAUACCACCAUCGCCGCGUAACUAUGAAACUACAAUAAAUAGUUAUAAUCCUCCUUCCCGCAGCAACUUUGAUAAUACCCCCGUCCAAGAUUAUAAUGAAUCUGCCAUGGAAAGUUCGUUGAUUCCUAAUGAUCCGUAUAAUGAAAGUCAAGGAUUAUUAGAUGACAUAACCAGUCCAACAAGUUCCGGAGGUACUCUGAAUUCAGUAUCUUCAUUGAGUCCCGCGUUUAAUCAAGCUUCUGGUCAAAAUCUAGUUUCUUAUGAAGAAUCUCCCUCCCCGAUUGAUGAUGAUACUGGAACUUUUUUCGAUAAGGAUAUCGAUCAAUCUGAAGAUUAUUAUGUUGGCGCUGGCUCUUCUACUUCAUUUAAUAGUAGCAACCAACAAGAAACUUCUAGACCCCCAUCGCCGACCCCUACAUCGCCACGCUAUCAUCGACUUCCCGAAUUAGGAGCAUUGAAUACGGUAUAUGAUGUGUGGAAUGAGUGGCACGUAGGCUUGGAUGGAAAUCCUUCUGUAGAAGAAUUAUUAACUAAAUACGGAAGCAAAUGGGCAAGCGACAAUUCUAGUAGACUGUCACGACGACGAAAAAUUAUCAAAGAAAUUAAACGAAGAAUAGAAGAUUAUGGCAAUGAUGAACGAACAGCUAUUAAUUCUCUUGAGAAGAUGAGAGCGGGGAAAUCUGACAACGAUCCUGCUGUUAAGGACUCUAAUAGUACUCAAAGAGCAUCUGAUAGUAGAACAUUAUCUGAUGAAGUGUACAUUAAACAAGAACCACGAGAAGAAUCACUAUAUCAUCAGACAGUACAAUCGUCGUCGUCGUCUUCUAGACCAAUAUCUGUGCUCUCAGUUCAGAAUGUUCCACAUACACCCCGAGCGAGUAUGAAUUUGUCAUCUCAAGUACCGAUUACUGCUACUGCUGCCUCUAUUAAUAACGAUGUGACACAACAACAAAGUCCUCCAAAUAUCGAAGAAUUUUUGUGUCCUAUAUGUUUGCAAAUCAUAAAAGAAGCGUUCAUGGGAAGAUGUGGACAUUCUUUCUGUUAUGUUUGUAUCGUCGAACACCUUGAUCGCAAGAAAGAUUGCCCCACAUGUGGAGCUCAUUUAAUGCGAGAUCAAAUUUUUCCAAACUUUUUAUUGAAUAGGCUAUUGGAAAAGGCGACCGCUAUAGCCGCAAACCAGUAUGAAUCGACUCCGCCUACACAAACCCAGCAGAUGAAAGAAAAAAUUAUGAGUACAGACUUAAGUGUCGAAGAUAUCGAUACCAUGUUGAUUACAUUGCUAGCAAAAAAACAUAAAAUGGAGUCAGCCGAAAAAGAGCUCGAGUUAGAUGUAUUAGCGGAUUUCUUGUCAAAUAUGAAAUCAAAAAAGGAAAAGAAAUUAGAACUGCUAACCGAGGAGUUAGAAUGCAUCGAUAAAGAUUUGGAAAUUACACAUGAGAAGCUCAAAUCUUUGGGGCAACAACAGCAACAACAAUCAUUCAUUGGCUCAAAUACUUAUGAAGAAAGUACCCGAGAGACUUCAAAUAAUUAUAUAGGAGCACAAGUACCCAAUGAUACUGCAGAAGCUGAUGUUCCAGAUGGUGAACCUCAUCAACAAGGAAAUGCACGUAAUCAAUCGAGCAAAAAGAGAAAACUUACGGAAAUUGAAGAUUCGGGAAUCGAGAAUAAUUCAUCAAUGUUUGAAAGAAUGCCAUCAGAAGCGCUUGACCAGAAACUGUCUGCAAAAAAGAAACGAGUUCGAGAACACUUUGAAGAUCUGGAAUCAUGUUACUUAUCCUAUCGAUUGCCAGAUACUGAUCCCCAGAGAGGAGGAUUAUCCAAAUUCUCGGAUACACUCAAUUCAUUCACAAGAUACGGCCAAUUUCGUCUAGUGAAUACGUUGCGAUACGGGGAUUUAUUUGGAUCAUCUUCCAUAGUUUCUAGCAUUGAAUUUGACCGCGAUGAUGAGUAUUUUGCGACCGCUGGUGUCACUAAAAAAAUAAAGAUUUUCGAAUAUGGCAAUAUCGAACGACAACUUAAAGGUUAUGGACUCAUACCUUCAUUAUCCGAUAAAAGAAAUGACUUGCAAAAUUGUUUAUCGUGGAAUACGUAUAUAAAAGCUCAAAUUGCAAGUGCAGACUAUGACGGUGUGGUCUCCCUAUGGGACGUUAAUACUGGACUGCAAGUAAUGUCUUUUGAUGAACAUGAAAAGCGUGCUUGGAGUGUUGAUUUUAGUAGAAUGGAUCCUACAAAAUUGGCUAGUGGUAGUGACGAUACCAAAGUGAAAAUUUGGUCAACUACAGAAAGGCAUUCAAUAUUCACCAUUGAAAGCAAAGCUAAUAUUUGCUGUGUCAAAUUUAAUCCCGAUAUCAGUCAUUACAUUGCAUUUGGCAGCGCAGACCAUCAUGUACAUUAUUAUGAUUUACGACACACGCGAGAACCAGUGUUCGUCUAUAAAGGUCAUCGUAAAGCGGUAUCUUAUGUCAAAUUCAUGGGAUCCAAUGAAUUUGUAUCGGCAUCAACGGACAGUACUCUAAGACUCUGGGAUACCAAUACAAAUUCGUGUGCAAGGACCUUCACUGGACACAUAAAUGAAAAAAAUUUCGUUGGUCUUACUACGACCUCCGAUUGGAUUGCGUGUGGAAGUGAGGAUAAUUCGGUUUUUGCAUAUUACAAAAAUUUGUGUCAACCAGUUGUCCGAUUUAACUUUGGCAGUAUUAAUAACGUAACGGGCGAAGAGAUUUCAGACAGUGAUGCAUCCCUAUUUGUAAGUUCUGUCUGUUGGAAAAAGAACUCGAAUACUGUGCUAGCGGCGAAUAGUCAGG